GCAAUGUCAUGGCGACUCAGGAUGAUGCAACUAGGGCAAGGAAGAAGGCUUUUGCCAAUUCUCUCAGGGCCUCCUUAGAUUGUGACGGCGGAUCCGCUGGCGCGAACCAUGCUUAGACCCCGCAUGAAUACAGGAAGAAGGCUGCGUCGCCCACCACGCUGAUAGAUAUAGCCCAGCACCCACCGACUCAUGUGGGUGUUUCCUCAUACCCACCGGUUUGACACAAGACUCUCGUGACCUGAGUUGUCUAGACAGACCCACACAGAUCAUCUUCCUUUUUCAACAUGCGUUCACGAACUGGAUGUCUCACAUGCCGCCAGCGGAAGCUGAAGUGCGACGAGAAGAAGCCUGUGUGUGGACAAUGUACCAAGGCUUCGAGGGAAUGUAUCCCAAGCUCUGGGAUAGUCUUUCGUCACCAACACAAUGCCUCCAUGAAUGGCGAUGACUCGGGGGACGAAAACUCAUUGAAGGGAUUCUACGCAUACAAGAACACAUUCGAGAAUGACACCAUAUGGCUAGACAUUCCCAGAAGUGUGACCUUCAUCAACACCACCAACCCAUACCUUGAUCCUUGCACACCGGACUUCGAGACCAUGUCCAUCGCUUCCAUGGACUCGCCGGCUCCCUUUGAGCCCCGUUCAUUUGCUUCAUGGUCUACCCCUGGCAACAUUCAAUCAAUCACUAGUACACCUUUAACUCUAGAUCCAAUGAGUAUGCCUAUGUGCUACUCACCAGAGCUCGAUGCAUUGCCAUUAUUGAUGCAAUCACCUCCAACAUCCGUUCCAAAUUCUACAGUAGGAACACCUAUCUCACCACCGGCCUCACUAUGCAACCGCCGCACGUACCCAAUUAUGGACCACUCAAGGUCUAUGACGCCACCAGCUAUUGAUCCACGUCUUACCUCAUCCUUCGAGUUCUCCGCAGAGCAGCUGCCGCAUAUGCCACGAUCAAGCUCGCGACGGUCCCCGCCUCGCUCAGACUUUGAGUCAUUGGCAGAACAGGAUCACGAGAUUGCUUUCCUAUUACGGUGGUUUUCAGAAGGCCCUGGAUACUGGAUGGAUCUUUUCGACCUAGGGACAUACUUCGCGUCUUAUGUACCAGUAAAGGCACGUGAUAACCCAUUACUUAAAUACGCAGCUGUCGCUUGUGCCGCUAAGGCUCUCGCCCGUGUGCAAGGGCACAAGCCUGUCAUGGGAGGUAGUGUAGCCUGUCAAGCUCGGAUGGAAUUAUACCCUGAUGCACAAUUCGUCGACUGGAAACACAAAGCAGCAGUAUAUUACGACAACGCUGUCUCUCUGCUCCUACAAGCCCUGAGGAUGGAUGCUACCGUUGCGUUCAAUGAUUCGGACUACGAAUAUGAGCGGUACAGUGGCGAUUCAACAUUUGGAUCGGACGGGCCAACCCCUAAACGACGUAAGACUUUGAGCACUCCCUCGUUUGUUUCUAGCACAGACGAGUUAUUGGCAGCCUCGGCCAUUCUAUGUGUCUACGAAUCCCUGGACACUUCAGUCUCUGAGUGGGCCAAACACCUGAACGGAGCCAAAUCUCUCCUUGUAAUGACACAGGAACGAAUGAUGCCCCAACAGAUGCCAUCUCCAUCUUCAACGAUUUCUUCGAUGACCCCCAGUUCCAUGUCCAAGGCCCGAAGGGCGACUUUCUGGAAUAUUGCGAGACAGGAUAUGCUCGCAGCUUUAAUCAACAAGACACAUACACGACUUGACACUGAAGACAUGUCGCUAUGGAGAGAGGCAGGCCUGCUUAUCGACGAUCAGGGAUUCAUCAUUCCUAGCAACGCAGCCGAGAGCGGUUACCCUGAAGAUGACGAUCAUAUGAUGAAAGAAGAUCUCAUCUCCAAUGCCUUGGUCUGGCUCAUGGCCAAGCUAGUCAAUUUCAUCGCUGCUGGUGACGAAAUCCCGGGCAACACGGGAAUGACUUGGGCUGGAAUUACCCAACAAACUCUUCUGGACUAUUGGCACCACCUGCAAAAACAGUUCCAGAUUUGGCAUGACGGAUUGCCAGUCACUUUCAGGCCCUCGGCUAGGGUCAACCCUGCGCUCACGCCAGGACAACUCCUCAAGGGAGACAACAAAGCCAUGUUUCCCGAGGUGUGGUACAGCAUUCCGAUGUGUGCUUCGACCAUGCAGACCUACCAUAUGAGCCAAAUCCUUCUAUUCAUGAAUAAGCCACAAGAGUCAACUCAGGGGCGUAGCACAGUAUGCACUCGCCUCAACUCCUAUCAAUCUGUUCUUUCUGCUUGCCAGAAGCAUAGCUACGAGAUUGUGGGGAUUUCGCUUGCUCGUUCCGACGAAGCGGUCCGCAUUCACUCUAUCCAGCCCUUGUUCACCGCUGGGCAAUGUCUCAGCAAUUCUCGAGAACGCCAGGUGGUGGUCAACCUCCUUCACGACGUAGAAUCAGAUAUCGGCUGGGCAACAGAUUACCGAGUGCGACAGCUUAUUGAACAAUGGCAAUGGGAGGAACAACAAGGCAUUUUCGCGCCUUGAGCGACGUACAUCGGCCCUUUUCACCCAUUUACUGGGAGAUCAUUAUCACGUCACUUUGAGUUUUCAUGCGGUCCAUCCGGUUUGCAACAGAUACCCGCUUCUUUGGGGUUUCACCAGUUUGUUUUUUAGACGUACAUCAGCAUCGCUUGCCUGGAAUUUGGAGUUGCAUCGGUUUCCUUGAAAUUCAGGACCGAACCGGUUAGACAUCAUUUCGACGGAGUUUGAAGAAAUCUGAACGGGUUGGCAGCAUUUAGUCAUAUGAUAUCCCACGUAGUCACAGCAUGAUAGAACAACAUUUCAACACAAC